UCAUCCGUUCAUCUCKAGCUGCAGGUGUGCGUUUUGUCACCUGGCGUUUGAGGUUUUAAACAAGAAGCUUUUUGUUUGUAUGUCUGAAAGAAAAAGAGAGGUAAAAUGCCAAAGACGCGGCAGAAGCCCGCGAGGAAUAUUCAGGACAAAGGACAACAGCAGAGUCUUGAAAUGCGGCGGAGCAAUAUGRUUCUGUUCAUCCAACAGGUGGAGAAAGAAGCUCAAGUCCGUAUAAACGAGUUAGAGUCCAAACUGGAGACCAUGCUGGUCAAAGUGGACAAAGUCUUCAACGUGGAGAUGAUGAAGUUGCCUCCUCUUCUUCAGAACACGCUCAUGUGUGAUUUAACAAGCGAGGAUGAAGUCCCAGUCAGUGAGAUCUCCCUAGUUGUGAAGAGUGAGACCCGUCAGAUAGUUAAGCCCCUCAGGCGAGUUCCCAGCAAAAUAAGAGUAAAAUCAGUCGAUUCUCCGGUUGGAGUCCAGCGUCCCUCUUCCAAAACUCAGAAGGGAGGGAAAAGGACAAAAAAGACCCCAGCAUUAGCUGGUAGUGACAACGCUGGAAACCUUAUACCAUCGACGUCACUCAGAAGAGUUCAGAGCUGUUUGAAUCACAACCCCCCCGAGCAGAUGGCAGCAAACCAGACAAACCGUAAGCUCAGGUCUGUCAUGUCCGCCAGCGAUCUGCCCUGUUCCAUGACGGGAUCUGCUGCACACGUCACUGUGACCACCGCCCGGGGAGAGACGGUCAGUUUUUCCGAGGAGACGAAGGACGACAUUAACUUGGACUUGCUCGACGACGUUGCUUUGUGCCAAAUUCAGAAGCUUUCGAGACUGAUGGAUUAUCUGACACAACAGAGUCGCUGCCAGCGAUGAGACAAGAUCUCCAUAUUGAUCCUCCCGUUGGACAGAAUACAUAUUAGAUGCUUAAAUAUUAUGAACUUGUUAUAGUAAAAACUAGUGUUUUUAGAGUAGUAAAGCUUGCAGUAUAAUCACCAUUAAGUAUUCAGUUUUAACAUAAAAUGAAGUUUCUGAACAUGUGAUGUGUUUUGARUCGUACUUGCCUAUGUUAGUUUAUGUAAAAACGGAAGUCUUGAUUCAGAUUUAGUUAUGAAACAUGUUGGUCACAAAGUUUUUUAAUAAUUUCAUUGAUGGUUUCAAUAAACUUUAUAAAGAA